AUGGGAUGUAUUUGUUCGAUGAUUAGAAAGAGGAAUGGCUUUGAUGAUUCUGUAUACCUCGAUGCUCCACUGACAGACCCGCAGAAGAGAAAAUUGAACGAAACAUGGGCACUGCUCUCCAUCGAAAUCGAAAAGAAAGGCACGCGCAUGUUCAAACUUCUCUUUCACAAGAAUCCCUUCAUAAAAAAUCUUUUCCCGUUCCGUAACUUGGAUGGAGAUGAACUGGAGAGUGACCCCUCCUUCGUGGCUCAUGCUCACAGAUUCAUGAACACUCUUGGACAGGUGAUGCACAACUUGGAUCGCUACAAAGAAAUAGUGGCUCCACAGCUGGUUGAACUUGGAAGAAGGCACGCCAACUUCAUCGGCUUCAAGCCCAACUACUUCAACCACUUUGAGGAAGCCAUGAUGGAUGUGUUCAGCGAGGACCUGGGACCGAUCGUCUUCGAUGUAAAGGCUGUCGAGGCGUGGAGAGUUGUCUUUAGGUUCAUCUUGAUUGAACUGAAGAGAGGAUUUACACUGGCACUGAGAGACAGAGGCAAGCAGAUGAGAGAAUGUUGCGAGCAGCAGUACCUGCAGUACCAACGCGAACAACAACUCAAAGAACUCCGCCAGAAACAGCAGCAGAUCGAAGAAAUGCAGAAAAUUCAGCAGCAGUUGAAACGUUUGGAGGCCCAACAGGAGCAAAAAAUGAGGGACAUCAAAGAAGAGCAGUUGGAAAUGGAUAUAUUAAUACAUAAUGAACAAAUGGAAAAACUUGAAAUGGAAAAAAGACAGUUUACAUCAAGUUCGUCACAAAUGACAUCAACAAAUUCAUAA